GGGGAUUGAAAAUUUUUAAAUUUGAUUUUGAAAGUGUCGGUGAAAUUGAAGAACCACCUCGUACAUAUCUCGAUAACUUUCAGUUAGGGUUUUGUCUAUUGUUUAAUGAUGGCAUUAAUAAAUUUUUGCAUGGACUUUUAUGGAAAAUUUUAGGAAUGAGUCUGAAACUGAAAAUUGGUAUCAAGUUUACUGGUAUAUUAAGUAGAAAUAAUUGAUAUUAUUUCACUGAGUUGGUAAGAUGCAACAUUUGUGAUCCUCGGUUAUGUACUUGUAGGGAACCGGAAGGAUUCAAGCCAUUUGUCUAGAGGAAGGCAACUCUAAUUUUAUAUAUGAUCAAGGGAGAAGCACAAUUACGGAUGAACUAUUUAGAAACUUAUCGAACUUGAGGUUUCUUCACAUGAGUGAUGUGAAUCUUGGCGGAGAAUUUAGUGAUUUAUUUUCUCAGUUAAGAUGGCUCAAAUGGGGGAACUGUCCCUCAAAUUUUGAAGCACGCAAAUUUCAUGCAGGGGAAUUAGUCAUACUCGAUUUGUCAGGAAGCCCGAUUUCAGAUGUCUGGCAGGGAUGGCAUUCAAUGAUGAAGGCAGAAAAGCUGAAAGUUCUCAACCUCACAAGUUGCCAUUCCUUAAAAAGGACUCCUUACCUCUCAUCUUUUCAAAGAUUGGAGAUUUUGAUCCUCAGAGAUUGUAGCAACUUAGAGCAAAUUGAUAAUUGUAUUGGAAACAUGGAGAAUCUCGUUUCCCUGGACUUGAGUGGAUGUUCUGGUCUUAAGGAGCUCCCGCUUCAAAUGGCUAAUCUAGAACAAUUGAAGGAACUUCUUCUAGAUGAAACAACGAUGCAAGAAAUACCUUCCUUCAUUAGUUAUCUAAAGAAGCUAGAGACACUUAGUGCCAGGGACUGCAAAUCAUUAAUUGGAUUUCCGGACUCGAUAGGCAAUUUGGUGAAUUUGUCGACCCUUGUCUUAUCAGGUUGUGUUGAGCUUGCAACACUUCCACACAGCAUUGGGUCCCUUGAGAAUUUACGGUGCUUGUCAUUGGGAAGCUGCCAACAAUUGAGAGAGAUUCCCAGUUGGAUUGGCAGUUUGAAAUUGUUGACUCAACUGGACUUGAGUGGAUGUUCACGUAUUCAGCAGCUACCGCCUCAAAUUGGUGAACUAAAACAACUGGAGGAACUUCUUCUAGAUGAAACUGCGAUACAAGAAAUUCCGUUCUUCAUCAGUUCUCUAGAGAAGCUAGAGAUGCGGAGUGCCAAUAAUUGCAAAUUAACUCUUUAAGCUAUUUAGUGAAUUUAUCGAUCUUUGUCUUAUUAGGUUGUGUUGAGUUUCCAGAUUUCUUGACAGCAUGGCGUUUCUUGUGAUUUGGUUAUCAUUGGGAUGCUGUGAUGGGUUGAGAGAGAUCCCCACUCAAUUGGAAAGUUGGAAUUGUUGACUCAGCUGGACUUAUCGCGGACAAGGAUCACGGAAUUGCUUGAAGGGAGUUCUGGAUAUCUGUAACAAUAGCAUAGAAAAGCUACCAUAUGGUAUUGGAAGGUUGAAAAAGCUCUGAGAGUUAUAUGCAUGAUAAUGCUCGAAUUUGGGAGGGGAAUACCAAGCAUCCGUAAUCUUUCUUCUUUUAAGUUGAGUGCAUUUUGAUUUAAUGCCCAAUAAUCUGGAAUUCAUGUGGAUUUUUAUUCAAAUGAGUAGUUUGUGAUUUAGGUUGUUUUCAUGAUGAA